CACACAACAUUACAAACCAGAGAAUCGAAAAUUCUUGAUGAAUAUGUUACGUGGUACUUGUUACUGUGAUAAAGUUCUGACUUGCUCCAUGAAAAAUAAAGUGUCCCGUAAAGUUCGAUGCAUGAAUCGUCAUGAAUGGCCAUGAACAGCAAACUAGGCUAUUUGGAAUUUAGUUUUACGUAAUGACAAUCAAUGCAACCAAGCAUACAUCCUACGAUUCGGCAUACAUAUCGUUGCUGCUGGCGUUCUAACGCUUCCACUAGAGGUUUGGUAAACGUGUGACUAACUACCGAAUCCAUUUUUGCUAAAAUGUUAAGAAAAGUGUCGGAAAUGUUGCAUCCUAUUCUUCUAACUGAUAGUGCAAAACAAAGUGAAGUAAUUGCUCGUUUUCAAAGGCUUCGAAGGAUUGAUUUAAUCAAGCAGCGAGUUACCAAAGAAGCUGCAGUAUUGAUUCCUUUAUGUUUGGUGGACGGUAAUGUAAGCUUACUAUACACGCUACGAUCCAACAGGCUUAGGAACCAUCGGGGCCAAGUGUCCUUUCCUGGCGGCAUGAAAGACAAGACAGACUCGAGCAUUGAAGACUGCGCUUUGCGCGAGUUUGAAGAGGAGACGGGCAUUUCGAAGAGCUUGAUAAAUGUCUGGGGUUGUGGUAAUCCGAUCGUUCCUGCCUUCGAUCUCGCUAUUACACCUGUCGUAGGUAACAUCGUUGAUUACUCGUUUGACCAGCUGAAGCCCAGUGCCGGAGAGGUGGCGAAAGUGUUUACGGUACCGAUAGAAACGUAUUCACAAACGCAGAAUCGACAACAUACUCAGUUUCGGUCAGGCUACAGCUCACCAGUCUUUCUGAACGGCCCAGAAACGGUUUGGGGCAUUACGGCGAUUGUCACUCACCUCUUCCUAACAGCGUUACUACCGGACGACUACGAUAACCGUUUACCAUUUUUACGACAAUACAACAACCAACGAUUAGAGAAACGGUAGAAAAGUUGAACUAAAUGAGCGUAAUAUACCUUGGAAAGUAGAACCAUCCCAAUCAAACAAAGUAAAAAGAUGCAGUGAAAGUUCGUUCAGACGAUUGAAAAUCAGUAUGCAUUGAUUUAUUUGCAUCAAAAAUUACAAACAUGUGUUUAUAAUUACUUACAAAGGGUGGUAAAUACACGUGACAAUCAAAGUACAAGCAAUAACUGGCAUACUAGAUUCAUAAAGGUUUUGUUUAACUUGGAAUGAUUUCGUCAUCCGGCACAGGAAACGGAAACGCAGUAAGACCACCUGAACGACGCCUUCUGAAACAAGCGCGCAGAGCAGAUAAAAUUGAUAUAUACUCUGGACUCAGCAUAAUCGGGGUUUACUGAGCCUAGUAGAAAGAGUUACGUAAGCUACCAUACAAAGGUAGGCCUCGGUAGGAUAAGAUGAUUUGAAUGAAGGUUUUUAUUAAGUACGCCACGGAUUGAAGGGGUUGUGAUAUGCUAAGAGAACACCAAGUGAAGAAUAUUGUUAGACAGUUAAACGCACAUAGCAUGACAAUCGAUUUUUAAACUGAUAAUAAAGAAAUAAAAAAAAGUGAAAAAGAGCUAUUCAUGGCGAUCGUGCCAGGAGCCAGGAUGACAAUCGAUUUUUAAACUGAUAAUAAAGAAAUAAAAAAAAAGGGAAAAAGAGCUAUUCAUGGCGAUCGAGCCAGGAGCACACAGAAAACAAUUCAGGUCAUAGCUAACAGGGAUGGGGACCAUGGGAACCAUGGAGGGACCAUGGGACCAUGAAGGUGCGGUCAACACAGCGUCUGUCCUCCAAGUUAUGGGGGGCUGAUUUAUGAAUCGCGGUUACUCGCCUCGUCAGUUUCUAAAGUAUAGAGACAUUAGACUAACAACCCACAGUACCCGAAACAUAAAAACGUUACAAGGAAUGUACAAACUCUAGCCCAGCAGAGUAAGCUGGCAGAACUCGUCAGCUUCAAAAUUACUCACUAAAAUGCUCAACUAAAUGCUAUUUUUAGCGAAAAGAAGAAUUUUUUUAAUUGGUGGACCAUCCGCAGACCAUCCGUCAGUGCUGCACCGAUCAAUUGUUUUCUAUGCGAAAGAUGUCAGUUCGAACUCCAUCCUUGAAUCCCUUCCGAUACAUAGCAGUAACUAUCUCUUGUGAAUUAUAUUCUUUUGAACGUAAACCAGAUGGACCUGAAAAAAAAAUAUUUUAAGUUAAAUAUUUAAUUGAAUCUUAUUAUCAUGAUUCGUGUUUCUAUGAUUUUUUUCCAAUAAAUUUGUCAUAAGCUUUAAGUAGCA